UGCGUGCUGUCGACAGAGGUGUCGGAGUUUGUUACGUGUAAAGACUACUUGAAAAAACGCAAAAACACAUUGAAAAUAUCAGAAACAAUUAAUAAAUAGCACAAAUAUCCAGCAAUAAGAAGUGCGCGCACGCAAAAGAACUCGCCGCAAAGAAUAAGGAAAAAGCCAAAAUAGUGAACUGAAAAAAGUGCAAGUGUAAUAAUCAAUCAACAAUAAUUAAAUGAAACAAUUUAUGCAAAAAGGCAAAGAAAAAAACGAUUACAAUUAAGAUAAGCACCUUAUAAUCUAGCCCAUAUUAAAUUAUACAUAUAUAAGCUCUUUAUAAACAGUAGAAAUUUUAAAACUACGUCGCGUUUACAAACUGCAACUAAAAUUGACAAUAACGUUGUUGUUGGCAUGUUAAGUGUGAUCGAUGCCGGUGCGGUUAAGUGUCGUCUAUGGCCGAAUCCGUUAAAAGUCAAUCGCUCUCUGCAUUGACGGAGGGGCAGCGCGACGGUAGUAUAAUAACAACAACAACCCAUAUAUCACAGCCACAACAGCAAUUACGCAAUCGCAACAACAAUAAUAACAAGACCAACAAAAACAACAGCCAUAAGAAGAAACGUGUAACAUCAACCAAAUCUACAACAACAACAGCCAAAUCUACAACAACAACCAAAUCCAAAAUAGUAACUGCUGUUGGCUCCUCCGUCAUCGUCACAGAUUCAGCGUCAAAGACAACAUCAUACAAAUCUACAACAACAACCAAACCCACAAUAGUAACUGCUCCUGUUAGCCCCGUCAUCGUCGCAGAUUCAGCGUCAAAGACAACAACAACAACAACAACAACAACGAAUCGAUCGCGUAGUCAAGGACGCAAUUUUUCUGCUUCUUCCAAGGAUACAGCAUCAGCCACACAAAUACUGACACGCACCUCAAAGUGCCGUAUAACAACAUCACGUUCUCCCGUCCCGUCGCCGGCUACACCAAACUCUACUGAUUCGUCUACAUCCUCAGCUGGUGCUCGAAAACGUCAGCAUCACAGGAAUACAACUAACAACAACAAUAAUAAUAAUCGUAGCAAUACACAAUCUGCGCCCGGUGGUGAUCAGCUUGCGGAGCAUAACUCGCCGCUAAAGAAACGCCGCCUGCAGCAGACAUUGGGAGGAGGAGCAGCCGCUGCAGUAGCUGUUGGUAACGAGGCAGAAACUGUAGCUGUGCAACAGGCCACAGCUGAGAUUGCUACCGAUUGCUCUUUUGUGGCACACACACCCACCAACACAUCAGCGGCCUCGUCGGGUGGCGAUUGUGUAGCUCAACGCACACGCUCAAAAACCGUCUCGCCGGAGGAGCUGCCAAGCACAAGCAGUGCAGCAGCCGCUGCAAAUAGAAAGCGUCAGCAACAACAAACAGUUAAUUACUGUAAUAGUCAAAGUAAGCGCAAGACCUGCAACAACAUCGGUAUUGUAGCAUCGGCAACAGCGUCGACCACACCACAACGCGGCGGCGUUGCAGCUGGACCAGUGAGCGGUGCCCGUGGACGCAGCAGUAAUCUGUUAAACUAUUAUCGGAAGACGCGCAAGGUCAGUCACACGCGUUCCGCCUCCUCCUCCUCCAAGCGGACGGUACAGGACGAGCUACCACUGCAGCAACAAUCCCCGCGCAAGGGCAAAGGCGGCAGCGGAGCAGCAGCAGCUUCAUCUGAUAAGCGGACAUCAGCACAGUCUAGGCAAAGCAACAACAACGUUGCCGCCUUAUCGGUCGUAGGCGCCAAAGCCAAUCUCAACGUCAAGAGCAGCGUCAGCAGCGAGAGUAGCUCGCGUUUGCAGGCAACCACCUCAGCGGUUAUUGCAGUCGCUGCGGCCAUAGACGCCGCUGCAGCCGCCACCGCCUGUGGCUCCAUAGCCUCGACGGUCGAAUCGGCCCCCAAAAGCUUUGAUAAAUAUAAUACCAGCAAGUAUACAAAAUAUCGCAAGAGUCUGCGCAAUUUUCAACAGCAGCAUAUCUUGGCCAGCUCGAGCGCCAACAGCGUCAAUAAUACCAAUAUCGUAGCCGUUAGUGAAACUGACGACGACGACGAGUAUAGCGAAUUAGAGGUUGAGCAGACGGCCCAACAACAGGGCCAAAUUUUAGUGGCUGUCUCGACGAACGGCCAAGAGGCGGACACGGAAAGUGGUGAUAUCGUCGCAACCGCAUUUGACGUUGCCACCUCGGAAGCAGCCACGUCGGAGGGAGAGGGCGAGGACGAAGAAGUUGGUUUUUACGAAAUUGUUAACUCAUCGUCCUACGAAGAGGACGCACAAAUCGUUGCCGAAGAGGACGAAUUGAGUGAGGACGAGGACGUGGACGAAGAGGAAGACGACGACGAACUCGAAGAGGACGAGGAUAUCGAAGAGGAGGACCUCUCAGACGGCGAAUUUGCUGAGCAGUUGAUUGGCGAACUUGGUGGCCCACAACAACCACCAACAACUACCACAAUAGAACAAAAACAACCACACGCUAGUCGCAGUCGCCAAAGACGACCAUAUAAACUCACGCCACGCAACGUAAAUCAAACUGAAACGCAGCUCAGUGGAAACAACAACAACAACCACCAGCAGGAGCACCAGCAGCACCACCGCGAUCAGAAAGUGACCUUGUCAAGGGAUUGUGCAAUACAAACAGCUACGACGUCCGGCUAUCAGCGUGCCCCUGGCCAGGGGGCACGUGCAACACGUAGCAGCAGCAACGCAACUAACGCUGCUGCCGCGAACGGUGGCAACGAUUACAACAAUAGUGUGGCAGCGCCCACAACAGCGUUGCACAUGCCGCCAGCAUUACCGCCAUAUACAUUAGCGCAUUAUCCGCAAACAGCGCCACCGCCGCCACAACCUCCGCCGCCGCCGUUACAUCCACAAUUCGCUACGCACUUACUGCAAACGUCUUCCUUUGUGGCGCCUACACCGCCCACGGCACAGCAGCAACAGCAACCCUAUCAGGCCUACUUCAGUACACAGCAGCAACAGCAACAACAUCAUCAUCAUCACCAGCAUCAGCAGCAGCAACAAACACUGCCACAGCAGCCGCCGCAUUAUUAUCAUAAUUCGGCAACUGCUGUAGCUGUGCUUAAUUUGAAUCAUCAGCAACAACAACCACAGCCACACCAUCAUCAUCACUAUACAUCCACAGGCCCAUCAGCAACAACAGCAGCCACACGUGUAGCCGCAGCAACAGCAGCUGCUCCACCACAGCAACAAACGGCAGCAAUUGCCGGUGGUCCGCCGCUUAUUUAUACGCCACAGUUGGCACGAUAUACUGCCACUGCCACCUUUGUGCCACCACCUCUACAGCAGCAGCAACAACAAUCACAGCAACAGGCCUAUCCACAACAGCAGCAGCCGCAACAGCCACAACAACAUUCUUCAUUGCGCCGCAGCUCACGCGGCAAAACGGGUUCUUGUGUGAGUUCAGCAGCAGCCGCACAGCAGCAGCAGCAGCAUCAACAACACCCACAUCUGCAACAACACCCACAAUUGGGUAGCGGUGCAGCAGCAGCAGCAACAGCAGCUGUUGUAGUUGCGCCUAGCAACGCCGCCGCCGCUGCUGCUGCUGCACAACAACAACAGCAACUGCAAGCAUUGCCGCCGCCCACCAGUUAUCAAUAUCAACAGUUGGGCGGCAACACUGUUGUAGUUGCCGUGCGGCAUCAGCAACAACAACAGCAACAGGCGCUGCAACAUCAACAACAACAACAACAACAACAACAGCAGCAGCAACAGUUGCAUCAUCAACAGGCGCUGCAGCAUCAACAACAACAACAACAACGCGCCACAAUUGUUCAGCCUGGUUUUCUGUUUAGCUACCGCAGCAAUCAUUUGCAGCAGCAGCAUCAACAACAACAACCACAGCAGCAGCAACCACAGUUGAACACCAGUGUUGCCAAAGCGACAACAAAUAGCAGUGCAGCUUCGGAUGCUUUAACAUAUAGUUUGAUGGCACAACAACCGCCAAAUGGACCGCCGCAUACUGGUGGACAGCAAGGGACGACAGGUCCGAACUCGACUAAUCUGAGCAUCGUAGCUGCCGCACUGAGCGCCGCUCGUGAUACGGGAGCCUCCGCCAGUAGCAGCGGUGGCGGCGCUGGUGGUGGUGGCAAUAUCGCUGCGGGAAUUGGAGGAGGCGGUGCCAACAGCUCGACGGGUACGGGCGCAGGCACGGCAGCAGGCACAGGCAGCGUCACCACCACAGCAACCACCGGGAACAGUAACAGCAGUAACAGUGGGAACCACCAGCAAGCAACAACACAGGCCCCACCGCCAACACAACAUGGCGACUCCGAGAGUGAUGACAGCGAAGUGGGUCGUCUGCAGGCGCUUCUGGAGGCGCGUGGACUGCCCCCUCAUCUUUUUGGUGCCCUCGGGCCGCGCAUGACACACAUCUUGCACCGGACGAUUGGCAACAGCAGCUCCUCAAAGGCCAACCAACUGCUGCAGGGCCUGCAGUCGCACGAUGAGUCGCAACAGCUGCAGGCUGCCAUUGAAAUGUGCCAAAUGCUUGUGAUGGGCAACGAGGACACACUCGCCGGAUUUCCAAUUAAGCAGGUGGUGCCGGCGCUCAUCCAACUGCUGCGCAUGGAGCACAACUUUGACAUUAUGAAUAAUGCAUGUCGCGCCCUUGCCUAUAUGCUGGAGGCGUUGCCUCGCUCCUCGGGUACCGUUGUGGAGGCGGUGCCAGUAUUUUUGGAGAAGUUGCAGGUCAUACAAUGCAUGGAUGUGGCAGAGCAGAGUUUGACAGCGUUGGAAAUAUUGUCGCGUCGUCACAACAAAGCCAUUUUGCAAGCGAACGGCAUUUCGGCCUGCCUCACAUAUUUGGAUUUCUUCUCGAUUGUGGCGCAACGUGCCGCAUUGGCCAUCACCGCCAAUUGUUGCCUCAACAUGCAUCCCGAGGAGUUUCAUUUUGUCACGGAAAGCUUACCCGUGCUGGCGCGUUUGCUCUCGCAACAGGAUAAGAAAUGUGUAGAGAGUGUUUGCUCUGCCUUUUGUCGUCUCGUCGAAAGUUUUCAACAUGAUCCCAAGCGUCUGCAGGAAAUUGCGAGUACUGAUCUCUUAAAGAAUUGCCAACAGCUUUUGGUGGUCACACCGGUCAUACUAAAUACUGGAACCUUUACCGCUGUGGUGCGAAUGCUGAGUCUCAUGUGUGGCAACUGUCCGGACUUGGCCAUUUCAUUGCUACGCAACGACAUUGCAUCCACUUUGCUUUAUUUGCUAACCGGGAAUGCAGAGCCGCCCCAAAAUGCGGACGGAGCCACCGCGACCCAUGUGGAGCUUAUCGCCCGCUCCCCUUCCGAAUUAUACGAAUUGACCUGCUUAAUUGGUGAACUAAUGCCGCGUCUGCCUGUCGAUGGCAUCUUCACAGUGGAUGCGCUACUCGAUCGACCUACACUGAACACCCAGGAUCAGGUGCAGUGGCAAUGGCGUGACGAUCGUGGAGCUUGGCAUAAUUAUUCAACGAUCGAUUCGCGCAUGAUUGAGGCAGCCCAUCAGAAUACAGAGGACGAGAUAAGUUUGAGCACCUUGGGACGUACCUACACCGUCGAUUUUCAUGCCAUGCAACAGAUCAACGAGGAUACCGGCACUACGCGUCCUGUACAGCGCAAAAUCAAUCCCAAUUAUGUGGCGCCGGCUUCAACAGCUGGACAGGAUCUCACGGCUGCUUCCACAUCAGCAGCGGCAGCAGCAGCAGCAGUAGCCGCCGCCUCCACUUCUACAUCGGCAGGCACAGCUGCUCCAGCAACACCAUUGGCAACAACAACAACUGUCAACAAUAACAACAACAACAACAACAACAAUGCUAGUACUGGAAAACGUCGCCCCUCGGUGGACGCACGCAUUGCCUGCCUCAAGGAGGAACGUGGCUUGGCGGCCGAUUUCAUUAAGCACAUCUUCAAUGUACUGUACGAGGUGUACAGUUCAUCGGCCGGUCCCAAUGUGCGCUAUAAAUGCUUGAGGGCUUUGCUACGCAUGGUCUAUUAUGCGACGCCUGAGCUACUCAAACAAGUGCUCAAAUAUCAGUUGGUGUCCAGUCACAUUGCUGGUAUGUUGGGUAGCAACGAUUUGCGGAUUGUUGUUGGCGCAUUGCAGAUGGCCGAGAUACUGAUGCGUCAGCUGCCGGACAUAUUUGGCACACACUUUCGUCGGGAGGGUGUCAUCUAUCAGUUUACCCAAUUGACUGAUCCCAAUAAUCCCAUAUGCGCCAAUCCGUCACCCAAGCCACUGAGCACCACAAGCAGCAAUGCAGUUACGCCCAAUGCUGGUGGUUCGCAGAGUGCGCCCGCAUCUGCCUCCAGUCUGCAGGUGAAUCCGUUUUUCAUGGAUCAAACCAGCGCCAGUUCCUCCAGUGCCAGUGUCAGUGCCAAUAAUACGCCCAAUUCCAGCAAACAUCAGUCCUAUACGGUAAAAAGCUUUUCGCAUGCCAUGAAUGCGUUAACCGCCAGCGCCAAUGCGGUCUCUGCCUCACAGAAGCAACACCACCACCAACAGCAUCAGCAGCAAACACAGUCGUCCACAUUAGAUGGCUAUAACUACAGCAGCUCUGCGCCAGCUGGAAAUCAUUUGACAGCCGCAGCAGCAGCAUCAAGCUCGCAGCCACCAGCGUUCUAUGUCUAUACGACCAGUGCAGCGGGUGGUGCAGCUGCACCACCACCAUUACCCCAUGGGAACGAUCCGCGUCAUUAUGUGCACUUCCAACAUCCACCGCCCCCGCCAAUGAGUGCGCGGUACGAUGGACAGCAACAGCCGUCGGUGUUGCAGCAACCACAUUUGGAGGUUAUUGCGCAUGCGCCACCGCAGCAGCAUUUGCCGCAAGUCAUUUAUACCACACACACACCGACACCAGGCGUUCUGGAUGCAGCCUACCAGCAGCAGCAGCAGCAACAACAGCAGCAAUCCCAUAUGAUAGCCGUUGCCUCCACCAGCAGCGCAGCGGCGGCAGCUGCCACCUCGAGCAGCAGCAACAACAAUUCGACCUCAACGUCUACAUCGACAUCAUCGUGUUCCGCUUCGGCGUUGCAGCACAAAAUGACGGAUAUGCUGAAGCGUAAGGCACCACCGAAGCGCAAAUCACAGUCCAGCGGACGAUCAAAGUCACGUCAGGAGGAUGCGGCUGCGGCGGCUGCUGCUGCAGCUGCCGGCGCCUCAGCCUCGUCAGCAAUGCAUGAGCUACUAAGUCGCGCCACCAGUAAGUUCGCGCCCAACGGGCUACAUCAACGACUCAAUCGUAUUAAUCGCGCCGCCUUUCCGCCCACAGGUCUUGGGAGCAGCAGCAGCGGGGGUGGCGGAGGUGGACGCAAUACGCCUAGCAGCUCCUCCGGUGGCGGGGGCACCAAGUCCCGCUUUAGCGCUGGCAAUACAACAACCAAUGCCAAUAGCUCCAGCAGCUCAACCAAAUCCUCAUUUCUCGCCUCGCUCAAUCCGGCACGCUGGGGCCGUCAGGGAUCGCAUCAUCAUCAUCACCAUCAUGGCGGCAUGACCAAAGAAUCGAGCAGUACAAAUGCAACAGGUAGUGGUGGCGCCUCUGGCAGUGGCUUAGCCUACGCCAACAGCAGUGGGGCUGGCCAUCAUCAUCACCAGGCCGGCAGCGGUAGCGCAACUGGCCAUCAUCAUCAUGCCAGUGGUAUGAACGCAGCCGCUGUCGCCGCUAGCAUUAGCAAGAGCAUCUCCAAUGCUAAUCUUUUGGCAGCAGCUAAUCGGGAGCGUGCCCGCCAAUGGGUGCGUGAACAAGCCGUGGACUUUGUGAAGCGCUAUACUGAGCAGGAGGCCAAGAGGAAUGCGGCAAAUAAAAAUGCUGCAGCCACUAACUCAACAAUGACACCGGAAGCCACUCCAUUGGCUGCCGGAAGCACUAAUGUUCUUGAACGUCUCUCGGCAAUACUAUUUAAGUUGAAUGGCAGCUAUCACGACUGUCUCGAUGCAUUGCUUGAGCUAAAAACCAUAUUACUGGAGAGCGAUAUUUCGCCAUUUGAGGUGAAUCAUUCCGGUUUAAUCAAAGCUAUGCUUAACUAUAUGACCAGCGAGAAUGGAUUGGUGGAGCGUGAUGCGCGCUUACGCACCUUCAUGCAUGUAUUUGCCGGCCUGCCCCUGGAGCCGGUAAUGAAUGUCGGUCAAAUGCCAGCCAUUGAACCAUUGGCUUUUGCCGCUUUUGUGGCCAAACUGAAUGGCUGUGUGACUCAGCUGGAACAGUUCCCUGUUAAAGUGCAUGAUUUUCCCGCCGGACCAGGUGGUCGCUCCAAUCAGAGUGCGUUGCGUUUCUUCAACACUCAUCAGUUGAAGUGCAACUUGCAACGUCAUCCGGAGUGCAACAAUUUGCGUCAGUGGAAAGGUGGCACUGUCAAAAUCGAUCCACUCGCCAUGGUGCAGGCUAUCGAACGUUAUUUGGUGGUGCGCGGCUAUGGCGGCAUACGUGCCGACUCCGAUGAUGAUUCCGAGGAGGAUAUGGAUGAUAACGUCGCCGCUGUCGUUAUGACUCAAGCGGGCUUUAAGCACAAAUUACAAUUCCUUAUUGGCGAUCACGUGCUGCCAUACAAUAUGACUGUUUAUCAGGCGGUUAAACAAUUCUCACCGCUGGUCAACGAUCAAUCCGAGACUGACACAGAAUCGGAAACACUGCUGGGCAACGCCAGCGUAUGGGUACAGCAACACACUAUUUACUAUCGCCCGGUAGAGGAGGAACCGCAAUCAGGUUCACAGAAUGCCAGCUCCUCGUGUAGCAGCAACAAGCAACAGGCUAGCAACAAUUCCGCCAACGCAUCGACCUCAUCUUCGGCGGCCAGCAAUAAUGCGACAGCAUUGUCCAAUUCAUCAUCUCUGGCCUCGUCCUCCUCAUCUUCCAACUCAAAGAAAAGUCACAAAUCCAGCACGAAAUUCAUGCGCAAGAAGACCGAACUAUGGCAUGAGGGCAUAGCGCCCAAUGUGAUGUCGGCACUGAAGCCAUUCCUUAGUUCUACGCUGCCCGGCGAUGUGGUGACAGUGCAGGAUGCCUCGAUCGAUGCCCUCUGCAUGUUACGCAUUAUACACGCCCUUAAUCGGCACUGGGAGCAUUUGUAUGGCUGCGUAGUGCGUCAAAAUAUCAUUGCCCAGUCGGAGUUUGUUCAUCCAAAGAUUACAGCAAAGGCCAAUCGCCAGUUGCAGGAUCCUCUGGUUAUCAUGACUGGAAAUCUGCCACAAUGGCUACCACAAAUUGGCAUGGCCUGCCCCUUCCUGUUUCCCUUCGAUACGCGACACUUGCUGUUCUAUGCCACCAGCUUUGAUCGCGAUCGCGCUCUACAGCGUUUGUUGGACACCACACCCGAUCUCAAUUCGGCGGAGUCGUCGGAGCGUGUGGCGCCGCGUUUAGAUCGUCGAAAACGUGCGAUAUCGCGUGCUGAUGUUCUCAAGCAGGCCGAACACAUACUACAGGACUUUGGACCCUCAAAGGCGCUGCUGGAGAUACAGUACGAGAAUGAGGUUGGCACCGGCUUGGGUCCUACUCUUGAGUUCUAUGCUUUGGUCUCUGCAGAGCUGCAACGCACAGAUUUAGGUCUGUGGAAUGGAAGUGAUAGCUAUAAACAAAACUCCGUCACUAUUAUGGAUGUGGUCAAGGCCAGUGCAGCGGUGGUCCAAGUUGAUGAUGCUGUGGAUGCCACCGCAACCGCCGCUACAACCACAACCACCCCCAUCGUUACUGUGGAUCAGCAACAGCAGCAGUUGGCAAACAUUGCGAGUGCCACAUCAACCACAACAACUACCGCGCACAUAACGCGCUCCAGUAGCCGCACACAUGCGUUGCGCAGCGGUGCUGGCGCCAUUAAUAACUCGAUUAACAACCAUGCUGAGCACAGCUCGUCAAAUGCCACCAGCAGUAGCAGCAGCAGCCAUGCCAACGUGUCCGUGCAGGGCGAGAAUGCUUUAAAUAUGAUAAUUGCACAGCAAUUUAGUGAUAUGGCAACGCAAAGCGAAGCGGGUGAUAAUAACAGUGGCAGUGGUGCGCCGACAACCACCACCAUUGGAGAGCUAAUGUCGACAUCGACCAUAACAGCAUCUGCAGUUUCCUCAACUGUCAGCUAUGUGCAUACGGCACACGGUUUGUUCCCCUUGCCUCUGGGAAAAUCCUCCAAAUUGCCACAAAUGACAAAAGCCAAAACCAAAUUUAAGUUCUUGGGAAAAUUCAUGGCCAAGGCGGUGAUGGAUAGUCGCAUGUUGGACUUGCCUUUCUCGCUGCCCUUUUAUCGUUGGCUGGUCAACGAGGAACACUCGAUUGGUCUGGCCGAUUUGUCUCGUGUUGCGCCGGAGGUGCAAAAUACGUUGGUGCGUCUUCAGGAUUUGGUGCGACAACGUGAAUAUAUUCUGAGCGAUCCUAAUUUAGAUGCCAUGGAGAAGACAGAAAAGAUUGAACAUCUUGAUUUGGACGGUUGCCCUAUUGCGGACUUGGGAUUGGAUUUUGUUUUACCCGGACACGCCAAUAUUGAGUUAUGCCGCGGCGGACGCGAUACACCUGUCACUGUGCACAACCUACACCAGUAUAUCUCGCUGGUCACGUAUUGGUUCCUCAUUGAGGGCGUGCAGAAGCAAUUUGAAGCUUUGCGUGAGGGCUUUGAUUCUGUGUUUCCCAUACAACGUCUGAGAAUGUUCUAUCCGGAGGAGCUGGAAUGCGUUUUCUGCGGAUCAGGCAGUGAACAAUAUCAGCGCUGGGAGCUGAAAAUGCUGCAGGACAGCUGUCGCACGGAUCACGGCUUCCAUCAGGAAUCUCAGGCCAUACAAUACCUUUACGACAUACUUGCAUCUUAUAAUCGUGAUGAGCAGCGGGCUUUCCUGCAAUUUGUCACUGGCUCGCCGCGUCUCCCAACCGGCGGCUUUAAGGCCCUAACGCCUCCACUGACCAUUGUUCGCAAGACAUUGGAUGGCAAUCAGAAUCCAAAUGAUUAUCUACCAUCUGUGAUGACCUGUGUCAACUAUUUGAAGUUGCCUGACUAUUCAAGUCGUGAUGUGAUGCGGCAGAAGCUGAAAGUUGCUGCCAAUGAGGGCAGCAUGUCCUUCCAUCUGUCAUAAAAAGGCAGCUCAGCGACAAUAGCAACAACAACUCAAUUGGUGGCAAUAUCCCACUGUACACUUUGCUUGUUUGUUCUUUUUCUGUUCCGCAAUAGCCGAAAACCAGCCCCUAACCUUAGUUGAUAAAGUUGAAUUUGUUAUAUUUCCUCUUCUGAUUUUUAGCAUAUUUAAUGGUAGGCUGGUGGAAGAAGGCUUUCGUUAACAGAUGCAUCUCAACUCAAAUGGCCAAAUUUUUGAUUAGUUUGUAGUGAAAGUUUUGGCGCGCGAUUCAUUUAUAUUUUUUAACCAAAUUGAAAUAAUUCCCAAACAAACAAGCAAGCAAACAAGCAAAUUGAUUCAGCGACACACCCAAAAGCCACAUUUAAAUGUUACAAAUAAAUUGAUUAGUAAAUGAAAUUCCUUCAGAAAACCGGAAAACAAGUAGCAAGGUUUUUUAAAAAAAAAACAAAUGAAAUGAUAAGUUUUGUUUAUGAAUUCCUCAGACAUGACAGAAUCGAGUUGAUGCUUUAGUUUUAUACAAUUUUGUAUGUUUACUAAGAAAGGCGCUAGUUUCAAGUUAUGAUUAUAUUUGCUUAAAAUAAUAAUAAUCUCGUGCACAUUGCAAAACACUGUGCAUUAAUUAAAAUUUUUAUUAAGUUUCUUGUUAUGUUAACACAUUUUGUUUAGUUCUUGCUGAAAAACCAUAGCACUUGUAUGUUCGAACAAUUUGAACAAUUCUAUUUGUGGAACAACCAUUAGAUGUUGUUUUCAUUUAACUAUUUAAGCAUAAUUAUGCAUAAAAACGCUUAUAAAUUAACUGAGUGUGCAGGGCAGUCAGCUUUGAUGCGGCAAGAGUGUACCCUCUUGAUUCCUUGACCUCCGAACGCUGUAAAUUUAAUGCAUAAUUUCAAGAAACAAUGCCUAACAAUUGAAAAAAAGAAGAAAAAAAAAGAAAAGCAAAUUAAAAAAGAAAACACUAAGCCCAAAAACGCCCACCCUUACGAUUUAUAUACGAAACACAUGCUAUACACACAAAAUAUAAAUAUACUAUAUAAAUAUAAAAAAUUCAUUCAAAUAUUUGCAAUAAAUGUAUUGUGAGAACCUUGA